AUGAAGAAGAUCAAUGUGAUUCUAAGGAAGUGUAAGACGUUAUCGAAACAAAUAGGGAGAAGUUCGUCGUUCAGCAGUUUGGGAUCUAACUCUAAGUCUGCUAGUGCUAGACAUCAUCACGACAGAGCCGCCGGAGAAGGAAUAGUCUGGAAUACGAAUGCUAUCUCCGUCUACGGCUACGGUGGCGACGGCGACAGCAAUGUCAGCGGUGGCGAAGAAGAGCCUAAUGAAAUAGUAUUCGUCGGAAGCUCGAGGAAACGGUACGUAAUUAGUUCUAAGUAUUUGAGUCAUCCACUUGUUAAUGCUCUCAUCGAGAAAUCGAAGCCAGUUAGUGAUGACGACGAUGAUGUAUCGGUGAUCAAUUGUGAAGUUGUACUUUUUGAUCAUCUGUUAUGGAUGCUUGAGAACGCCGAUUUUAAUGUCACUUCGGAUUGUUUGGAUGAGUUAGCUGAUCUAUACUCGUCUUGA